AUGAACAUCAACAGUUUCCCUCCGGAAAUCCUCUCCCAGAUCCUGAACCACGCCGUCGCGUAUAAUCUACGGGAUGGUGUGUCGUUCACCUUCGGUCUGUCCCAGGCUCCCCAGCCGGGCAGGCGUGCGAGGCUGGAGAGGUACGUGAGGGGUCCCAAUCAUCUUCGUGCCUGGGACGCUGCCUCUCCCCUUCGCCAUGUCUGCUCCUUGUGGCACGAGUGGGCCGUCACAAACAGUGUGAAAGAUGUCUACGUCCGCAAGCGGCAAGGAUCGGAGAGAUGGGCUGAAUUGAGCCAUAAUCGAGCUGCAUACGGAUCCUAUGAACUCAUGGACCAAUCCAAACUGACGGGAUGCUACGUAUACCGCGACCCCUUCACUCCUCUGCAGCAAACGAAGGGCCUUUUCGAGAGCCAUGCAAUGCUCGCAUCCAGUGUACAGCGCCUCUGGAUCCAUGGUUUCAACGGCUUCGAGAACUCCACCGAUGUCGCCAACAUCGUCCGCGCUUGCUCGGGCCUCGUUGCCAUCAGUCUUCCGUGGACCUUGCUUCGAUACCUGACCGCGAGCGACUGGGUCCGCCUGCUGCGACAUGGGAGCGACAACCCCUUGGUCUCGCUCGAAUUCCUUUCCGUCGACCUCCAAGAGGCUCAGACCAAUGACCCCCAGAACCGGGCCAACUUUCGUGCGCUGCAGGACUCGCGAGUAAACUUUGGGUCCCUCAAACGACUCAAACUGUUCGGCGAUAGCACCUUCAUGCCGAUCACGGAUGAUGAUCUGUUCGCCAUUUCCGCAACCGCCUCCGGGCUCGAGGAGUUCCACAUGACAUGCACAUCGAGCAUCACCAUCAACGGUGUGAUGUCCAUUCUCAAAGCCUCCCAAUCCACCCUCCGCGUCCUCGAGCACGCCCCUCGCUCUCAGGAUGGUUUCGAUCACCCGCACCCUGGCUCACUGGCCGAUGGAGAACACAUCUGCGAGGUGCUGACGAGCUGCCCCAAUCUUCGCGACCUUUCCAUAUCCGUCCCGACCAUGUGCGCGGACCUCUUUUCGAACGAGAACGUCCGCUGGAAAGGCGAAUGCCAGGUUCGUGCCGCGCACCUGUGCCCGGAGGCACUAUCACACGCCAAGCGACAGCUCCAGCAAAAGCCGACCAAACCCCGUGGCAAGUCGUCUCGCGAUCCUUCACAAUUGGCGCUUGCAUCGCUUCUCGUCCAAUCACGGAACCUCAUCAAUGCAUGCAAUCGACUUCGCGACCACGACCCGCUGUCGAUCGAAAUCUUCUUCUCCGACUACAUUUUUGAGCCGCAUGCCCGGUCGGUUCAUGGGUACUUCGAGCCGGCGGAGACGGUGUCGCACGGAUUAUGGCCGCAGUUGAAGGCACCCAGUGGAAAAGGACCAUACGGAUCAACCGGUCUGUAUGGUAAAGGGGAAGAGGGGGUUUAUGAUCGGAUUGACGAAGAGGAGUUCCUAAAGGGUCUGGAAGGGGACUGGAUCCGGAUUAAUGAUUGAAACAUGGUUCAAUCCUGGCGAGCCGCAUAAUCUUGCGAGGCUGGGUCAUUCGAUGACGACAUUACGAAUUCCGAAGCUGGCGUUUAGGUUUAUUGGGCUUCAUGAUGGAAGCGUCUUUAUUGGGCAGCACAAUUAGCGAAAAUCGGAUAUCAGGGAGCAUCAAAAGUUGAUAUUGGAGGAGCAAACAGGACCGAUUCCCUUCUCACGGGGUUAUGGCACAAGGUGCAUUACAUGUAUCUCAUUCGCCCUUGGCAAAGGUUGCAGGAUCGAAGUCCAGAUGAACU